AUGCUGCCCUUUGCUGGUGUCCUUGAGCACAUUGGUGGGAUCAUGGAGAUUCAACUGGAGGAGAACCCUUGGAAUUGUACUUGCGAUUUGAUUCCACUGAAAGCAUGGCUAGAUACCAUUACAGUGUUCGUAGGGGAAAUUGUCUGUGAGACCCCCUUUAGACUUCAUGGAAAAGAUGUCACUCAGCUUACAAGACAAGAUCUGUGCCCUAGGAAAAGUGCCAGUGAUACAAAUCAAAGGUCUGUUCACCCAGCUUUUCCUGAUACUCGUGUACAAAGGAUGCCUCCAACAUUUAACCCUGCAGUAACCCCAACCAGACCCCCCAAGGCCAGCAGACCUCCAAAAACUAGAAACAGACCCACUCCUAGAGUAACUGUGUCCAAAGAUAGGCAAAUCUUUGGGCCUAUCAUGGUUUAUCAAACCAAGUCUCCAGUUCCUCUAAGUUGUCCUGAAACUUGUGUUUGUACCUCACAGACCUCUGACAGUGGCUUAAAUGUUAAUUGUCAAGAGAGAAAAAUCGGCAACAUAUCGGAUCUUCAACCUAAGCCCAGUAGCCCAAGGAAAUUGUACCUGACAGGCAAUUAUUUGCAAACUGUUUAUAAAACCGAUCUUCUUGAAUUUAGCUCCCUGGAUUUGUUACAUCUAGGAAAUAACCGAAUUGCAGUUAUACAGGAAGGUGCCUUUUCCAACCUCACAAGUUUACGUAGACUUUACCUUAAUGGCAACUACCUUGAAGUACUCUUCCCCUCUAUGUUUGAUGGUUUGUUUAGUUUGCAAUAUCUUUAUUUAGAGUACAAUGUAAUUAAGGACAUUUACCCACGUACAUUUGAUGCUCUGAGCAAUCUUCAGCUCUUGUUCCUAAACAACAAUUUGCUGAGAUCACUGCCUGAUAAUGUAUUUGGAGGCACUGCCUUGACAAGGCUAAAUUUAAGAAACAAUCACUUCUCUUAUUUGCCUGUAAAAGGAGUUCUUGAUCAGCUCACGGCCUUCAUCCAAAUAGAUCUCCAGGAAAACCCUUGGGAUUGCACCUGUGAUAUUUUAGGUCUUAAGAACUGGAUUGAACAAUCUAGUUCAACUGUGGUUGUCCAGGAAGUAACCUGUGAAUCCCCACUGAAACAUGCUGGGGAGCAUUUAAGGAUUAUGCCCAAGGAGACAAUCUGUCCAGAAAACCCACAUUUAGCUGAUGCCACCAUGUUAUCUUUCAAUCAUAAAUCCCACACACCACAUCCUUACAGUGUAUCACCAAGCCCCUACCCUGAAUUGCAUACUGAGGUUCCACUGUCAGUGUUAAUUUUGGGAUUGCUAGUCGUUUUUAUCCUGUCCGUGUGCUUUGGGGCUGGGCUUUUUGUCUUUGUACUCAAAAGACGGAAAGGGGUACAGAGUGUUUCAGGCAGCAGUGCAAACAAUUUAGAUCUCAGUUCUUUUCAGCUCCAGUAUAGUUCAUAUAAUCCCAGUUCCAAUGACAAAACUGAGGCUCAUGUGUACAACUACAUACCACCACCUGUUGGGCAAAUGUGCCAAAAUCCGAUCUACAUGCAAAAAGAAGGAGAUCCUGUUGCUUAUUACAGAAACCUACAAGAGUUUAGUUAUAGUAAACUGGAACAUAAAAAGGAAGAUCCAACUGCAUAUACAAUAAGCACAACUGAACUGCUGGAAAAGUCCUCCACCCCAGCAGAGCCAGAACUUUUGUACCAGAACAUUGCAGAGAGGGUAAAGGAGCUGCCCAGUGGAGGAGUAGUUCAUUAUAACUUUUGCACCCUGCCCAAAAGGCAGCUCAUGCCAGCAUAUGAGUCGAGGCGUCAAAAUCAGGACAGGAUUAAUAAAACUGUUUUAUAUGGCACCCCCAGAAAAUAUUUUGCUGAACAAUCUAAACAGGAGCAUCUUUUUCUUCAAGGAAAAAUGCAGUCAGUCAGAGCCAGAUUACCUUGA